UCGUUGGUGUCAGUGGGGGGUGGAAUAGUGCCCCAUCGUUGGUGUCAGUGGGGGGGGUGGAAUAGUGCCCCAUCGUUGGUGUCAGUGGGGGGGUGGAAUAGUGCCCCAUCGUUGGUGUCAGUGGGGGGUGGAAUAGUGCCCCAUCGUUGGUGUCAGUGGGGGGUGGAAUAGUGCCCCAUCGUUGGUGUCAGUGGGGGGUGGAAUAGUGCCCCAUCGUUGGUGUCAGUGGGGGGGUGGAAUAGUGCCCCAUCGUUGGUGUCAGUGGGGGGUGGAAUAGUGCCCCAUCGUUGGUGUCAGUGGGGGGUGGAAUAGUGCCCCAU